AGCAUCUACUAACAUCCAUUAAACAUCUAAAACCUGUAUACUUUGAAAUUGUUGAAAGAUAUUAUUCCUUAAGGAGGCAAAAUAGUUAAGAAAAAAGAUACACCAUGAAUUAUAUCAUACCCCUGUUACUUUUGACGGUAUAUUUCAUACAGUCAGCAAUACCAUGCAACGAGGCACUAUGUGGCAGUGUAGUCAGCAAAUGCUUGCUGACCGAAUCGUGCAAUUGUGAUUUUAAUUUUGACAAUUGCUCUUGUUGCAAGGACUGCUUGAAUUGUUUGGGAUAUCUGUAUACGGAGUGUUGCUCUUGUGUAGAUAUGUGUCCGAAGCCCAACGCAACCUGCAGUCCCCUCAGCAAUAAAUCCCAUGUAGAAGACUUCCAAAAAUCCUUACCAGGAUUGUUCAAUGCCUUGACAGAAGCCCCUGACAACUUCAAAAGAUGGAACAGCACCACUUUUCCCAUUGACAUUGAUAUCACACACUACAACAACAAGAAGGAAAUCAAAUUUAUGAUCCAACAUAAAAAUGUAGAGCAAUCGGUACUUCCCAGCUCGAACAUAUACACGGUGAAUUGUACUGUAGCGUUUUGGGCUCAGUGCAUGAGCUGGACCAAAUGCAAGUCCAGCUGUCAAUCGAUGGGAGCAGAAAGUUUCAGGUGGUUUCACGAUGGUUGCUGUGAAUGCGUGGGAGAUAAAUGCAUUAAUUACGGAAUAAAUGAGAGCAGGUGCAGCAACUGCCCAGUAAGCGACGAGCUGAUUGUCCUGAAAGACAAUGACAUAGACGAUGAGCCCGAUUUUGGAGAAAACGAUGACGAUACGGAUUAGGUACUUCCGAAAUCUACAUCAGACAAGAAACAAUAAAAUAUGUUAGACCAGCAGAACGAUGAGAUUGUUUCAAAUAUAUAUUAAAAACACCUACCGAAAUCAAAUCUGUAAAGAAAUAAAAGAAUUUUUUUUUCAGAAAAAAAAAAUA